UUACCUUUUUAUCUGUACACUCCUUUUUUUAACAUCUUUGUAUUCAUUCUCCCCUCCCUGCUAACGGAGGUGGGCAAGCUUCCCAGAGCUGGUGCAUCCAGCAGGUGCAGCCUCCUUCUCUCCUCUCUCCCUCCCACCCUUUCUCUCUCUCUCUCUCUCUGUUUGCUCAUCCACUGUGCGCACAGUGCCUGCAGUUUUUUCCUUUCCCUCUCUUUCUUUCUGUCUCUUGGCGGUGGCGGCAGCGGCUUAGAGAGGCAGCUGGAUGUGCAUCAGAAUGACCACAACUAAAGACAGAUGCAUCGUCGGAUGCUGCUAACCUUACAGGGAGAAACGCAGGGGAGCCUGUGCCGCGGUGCCGAGGGCUAAUCCUGGUGCGGAGUGCAUGUUUUGUAAUCAUCUCAGAAAGAACAUCCCGCAGGAAGGACAAGCACAGGAUCCCAGCAACACGACCAACAAAUCCCGGGCUGAGUCUGAGAGAACUUGCGUGGUAUUUCAAACAUUUCAGCUUUUUUGCCGCUCUCGAUGUUUUAUCGACUCAAUGCUUCUCUUUCGCUCUGUAGCGGAAUGUUUUGUUCAAACAGAUGUGGAGAGGUUUUCUGAGUGCUUGCUGCAGUGUUGACAGACGGCAGACUGAGACAGCAGGGUGCUGAACAGGCAGCUUGGGGAAAUUUGAUCCACAACCAGUUGGAGAAGGAGCAGGAUCCCGUGGUGCAGCUGCAGAUUUAUCCACCCUGUGAUUCCGCUGCGUGACAACACCCCUCAUUCUGUCUUCAGCUCAAGUCUUGACUCCAUCCCAUUCAAAACAUUAAUUGGAUUCUCUUCCUUGGUUUUAUUUUUAGCCUUGCUGGAAUUAGAACAUACAGAAGAAGAAGUGGGGUCAGAUCCAAAAAAGUGCUUAAAAACAGAAAACCUUGCAGAAGCAUUGGGAGACGCAGACAGUGGAUAACCUCAAGCGAGGGUCUACUGGAGCAAAAACAAAACGUCUCUUUCAGUUGCGGAAGGGGCAGGUUUUUGGUAGCUGAGGGACGCUGACUUGGCUAAAGCUGUCGGAACAAGUCUGCUUCAGGAAUCGUAUUUUUUUGGGUUCGGUCCUGGGGAGCAAUAAGACCCCCCUCCCCUGCAAGUUUCACAUCACGAUAAGACAACGGUGUUCUGUGUUGGAGUGUACGUGCAGCGGACACAUAUGCAUGCCAAGUAGAAAUAGCUGCAGUGGCAUCCGGACAUUGAUGCCACAGAUGUAAACCUGUUCCCUUCCUCCCAUCACUCUUGCUUUCCAUCUUUCUCUCCAUUAAAGACGUCAAUUCUUCUGUGUUUUUUUUCCUUGUGUUUCAUUUCCAACUUCGAGAAGGAACCACAAUCAUUUUGCUUCUUCAGUGUAUCUGUGGACAUGGGGAGUUGGCAGGACUAAAGGCGGACUAAUCAAAGCUGGCAUCCACCAAUGCCAGCUUUCCCGUUCUUCAUCGUGUAUCUCUGAGUGUGCAUGUGUGUCUGUGUGUCUGUCUACUGGUGUGUUUGUGGAUGACUGUCUGUCUGUGUGUUUUCCAGCAUCCCUCUCCAUUACAUCUCCUUCAUUGGAUUACAUAUUUGUGCUGGUCUUAUUGAAUGUCAGACUCCAUGGAAUAUUUCAACUGGCACCUUUCUGCUACGGACCACCGAUGCCUAUCAUAGGGUUAACCAUCAAUGAGCCAUAACGGACAAAAAGGAAAAAUGAGCGAGUGUUCUGGGCCAGCUGUAUCUGGGGCGGUGAUCCUGGAGGAACCUGAGGGCUCAGGGGCGACUGGCCGUGGCGAGGGUCAGGCCCAGGAUCAGGGUCCACUACGAUGGGGAGGAUGCACACUUUGGCCACGCCAACAGACAUGGUUGUGUGUGGUUCCUUUACUUAUUGGUUUCAUUGGCCUGGGAUUGAGCCUGAUGCUGCUGAAGUGGAUUGUUGUUGGGACUGUACGGGAUUACGUGCCAACAGACCUUGUGGAUGCUAACCGAAUAGGGCAAGAUCCUAUUUUUCUUUCGAAACCAAGUGGCAUUCCUAAAGGUCCUGAUACUACAACCACCACCACCACCACAACUACCGCAAUUACAGUAGAUGGUGGGAACCACACUCCCAGAACCGUAACAGUGGCAAAAGGAAGGACUCGAUCCACCACUACUACGACUACAAAUCCUAGAGGGGGCGGAGCAUCAGGAAGCCAGGUAACUCCUGGACAUCGGAAUGGACGUGGACAUUCGGGCAUUACUACAACCACCGCAGUGCUGUGGACAACCCCCAUAAUAGGAGCGGCAACGUUGAGCCCGUCUCCAUCCAACCCGACAGUGUUGCAUGACUCUACACAGAUGUGGACUCCGGAGCAAACCACCACAGAGACGGUCUCCAUGAUGCUAACCACACGUUCGCAUGCCCACCGCAAAACACCAUCUCCAACUGUCCCUCCGCUGCACUCGGAGCACUUCAAACCGUGUCACGAGAAGGAUCUGGCCUACUGCCUGAAUGGUGGCGAAUGCUUCGUCAUUGAAACGCUCAGCGGGCCUCACAAGCACUGCAAAUGUCGGGAAGGCUACCAGGGAAUCCGCUGUGACCAGUUUCUGCCCAAAACUGACACCAUCCUGUCUGAUCCAAAUCACUUGGGUAUCGAGUUUAUGGAGAGCAAAGAGGUGUACAAGACACAGGUGCUGUCAAUCACAUCCAUUGCCAUGGCGAUCAGCCUCCUGGGGACCCUCUGUGUGGCCCUCUACUGCCGUAACAAGAGGCGCAGAGAGAAGCUUCAGGCCCACCUGAAGGAGAGUCGUAGUUUGAAAAACUACACCGCUAAUUCCCAGAAUUCACUCAACUCCAAUUCGAGAAACCUCAACAUCAACCUGCAGAUGCACGAGGACUGCAAACAUUCUUCUCAGAGUCGUCAUGGCAACAUUUGUGAGUCCAGCUUGGCUGGGUGCUGCAUUACCGCCACGGCGUCCAGCAACUCCAGAGUCACGGUGAAACAUCAAAGAAGUGGAUCCUUAACCCAUAGCCCGGACCAGAGAGCUUGGGCAGCCCAUUGGUCAACCCCUCGCAGAACUCCACCCAUAUCCAAAGGACGGCUAAAUCCAAUUGGAGGAUCGAAGUACUCAGGCCCUGCCUACCAACACCUUCAGGAAGCAGAUUCCUCUGAGAAGGAGGCUGAAACACAAAGAGGUUGCCAGAUGGGAGAGAACCCGUGUGACGACUCCAAGCGAGAGGCCUUCCUGCAUAUGCAAACGCCUGUUUCCAUGGAGACAUCACCAACGCCUUGGAACAGACAUGCUGAGGGUUGCUCGGGUCCGUGUGCACCGUCUGAGCACCACCCUCUCGAUCCCGUCACCCGCAGCCUGCGGAGGCCCGACCGCCGUCACAGCCACUCUCCCACUCCUCCCUUUCGCUCUUGCUCCAUCCCCAUCAUCCCCUCCGUCCAGUGUCACCAUGACGAUGAGGUGUCAUGUAUGCAAACCAGCGUCAGUCCGGUGGCUGCGGCCUGCAGGGGCGCGCCUUGUACGCAAGCAGGAAGACCAAAAGCAAAAGCAAUGGAAAUCACAUCAUCAUUUUCUUCCUCCUCCACCAUUUGCGCCAAACAGGAUGAAGUGGCGAUGCUGCUAGAGGAGGCGCAGGAGCACCUCAGGGCGUUGGCUUUGGCUCACCGGACGCAAGAGGACGACGGGAUCAUUAGCGGCAGGCUGGCGGUCGUACCCAUGGAGGCCAGAGAAACUGUUUGCUUCCUGAGCCCAGGCGGAGGAGGUUCCAGGGCGCUGAGCCGUUCUGCACCCACACAGACUCAGUUACUCAGCCCAAAAACGUCGCACAGAGACCUGUGCCAAACCGACCAAUGAGAGGACCCGACUGGCGGGAAGAGGACGCUGACUUUGUCUGACAAACUCUGGUGUUCCGCCUCAGUGGGCCACCAAUGGAAAUGCUGAAUAGAA